AUGUCAGUUUUAUUGAGACAGGCUUUUGAGAAGGCCAAGCAACAGGGCCGUAAUGCUCUUGUAACUUUUAUGACUGCGGGCUAUCCCACUUUGGAGGACACAAUUCCGAUCUUGAAGGGUUUCCAAGACGGUGGUGUUGAUGUAAUUGAGUUGGGUUUGCCAUUUUCUGAUCCUGUGGCCGAUGGACCUGUGAUCCAGGUGGCCAACUCUAUUUCUUUGAAGAAUGGGAUUGAUAUGCAUAAGGUAUUAGAUAUGGUGAAGCAAGCUAGAGAAGAGGGUGUUACCGUUCCAAUUGUUUUGAUGGGAUACUACAAUCCGAUCUUGAACUAUGGGGAGGAAAAAUUCAUUCAAGAUGCUAGCCGUGUGGGUGUAAAUGGGUUAUUGAUUGUUGAUUUACCACCUGAGGAAGCAUUGAAGAUUAGAAAUUAUGUCGGUGAGAACGGUUUGAGUUUGAUCCCAUUGGUCGCUCCUUCUACCACUGAAGAGAGAUUGAACUUGCUCUCCCACCUUGCGGACUCCUUUAUCUAUGUUGUGUCGAGAAUGGGUACCACUGGUGCUCAGAAAUCCGUGGCUAAGGAUUUGAGCGCAUUAGUGCAAAAGGUUAGAUCGUUCUCCGGUGAUAUUCCAUUGGCUGUUGGUUUUGGUAUUUCCACCAAGGAACACUUCGACACCGUGGGAUCUGUUUCUGAUGGUGUUGUUAUCGGAUCAAAGAUUGUCACUUUGAUUGGCGAAGCGCCACAAGAGAAGCGUUACGAAACUGCCAAGAACUACGUUGAAGAGAUUUCCGGUGGAAAGAAGGGACCAGUGUUGUCUAAGGAAGAGUUUUACAAGAUUCAGCAAGCUAGUAUUGAUGCAGCUAAGGAGAAGAAGAAUGUUGUAAAAGAAUUUGAAGAAUUGCACAAAUUCCCAGCCCGUUUCGGUGAGUUUGGUGGUCAAUACGUUCCAGAAGCCCUACAUGCUUGUUUGAGACAAUUAGAAAGAGGCUUCGAAGACGCUGUCGCUGAUCCGGCAUUUUGGGAGGAGUUCAGAAGUCUGUACAGUUACAUUGGUCGUCCUUCUUCAUUGCACAAGGCUGAAAGAUUGUCUGAAUACUGUGGCGGUGCCCAAAUUUGGUUGAAGAGAGAGGAUUUGAACCAUACAGGAUCCCACAAAAUUAACAACGCUUUGGCUCAAGUCUUAAUUGCAAAGAGACUAGGUAAAAAGAAGAUUAUAGCAGAAACUGGUGCUGGUCAACACGGUGUUGCUACUGCUACUGCAUGUGCCAAAUUUGGUUUGGAAUGUACCGUCUUUAUGGGUGCGGAGGAUACCCGCCGUCAAGCAUUGAACGUGUUCAGAAUGAGAAUCUUGGGUGCCAAGGUUAUCCCAGUUACAAACGGUACCCAAACAUUGAGGGAUGCCACCUCAGAAGCUUUCCGUUACUGGGUUUCGAAUCUUGAAAGCACUCAUUACGUAGUCGGAUCUGCCAUUGGACCCCAUCCAUAUCCAACCUUGGUUAGAACUUUCCAAAGUGUCAUUGGUCAAGAAACCAAGAAGCAAUUUGCUGAGUUGAACGAUGGUAAACUACCAGACACUAUCGUCGCUUGUGUUGGUGGUGGCUCUAACUCUACUGGUAUGUUCUCACCUUUCGAGCACGACACCUCUGUCAGACUUGUGGGUGUUGAAGCUGGUGGUGACGGUAUCGACACUGACCAUCACUCCGCUACCUUAACUGUAGGUAGACCAGGUGUGCUACAUGGUGUCAAAACUUAUGUUUUGCAAGAUUCAGAUGGUCAAGUUCAUGACACUCACUCAGUUUCCGCUGGUUUGGACUAUCCCGGUGUUGGUCCAGAAUUGGCUGCAUGGAAGGCUUCUGGUCGUGCUGAUUUCAUGGCCGCAACUGACGCUCAAGCUCUAGAAGGUUUCAGACUUCUAUCUCAACUUGAAGGUAUUAUUCCAGCCCUUGAGUCCUCUCACGCUGUCUAUGGUGCUGUUCAAAUAGCGAAGACUAUGCGUAAAGACCAACAUUUGAUCAUCAACAUUUCUGGAAGAGGUGAUAAGGACGUUCAAAGUGUUGCUGAAGUCUUGCCAAAGCUAGGACCACAAAUCAACUGGGAUCUAAGGUUUGAGUCGGAUCCAACUGCAGGAAACUGA